AUGCUGCCCGCGCUGUCCUCGCUGCUGUUGCUGCUCCUGCUGACAAUGCCUGCUCCCUCCCGUUCCUGGACCCGGCCUCUCUGGUACCAGGUCGGGCUGGACCUGCAACCCUGGGGGUGCCAGCCAAACAACCUGGAGGCCUGUGGGCGCAGCCUGGGCUGUCCUGGCUACUGGCUGGGCCUGGGAGGAAAGAGUAUCUACCCCGUGGCUGGCGUCACGAUCACCACCACCAUGGUGCUGAUGCUCAGCCGGGUGAUGCUACAGCGGUGGCGUUCUCAGGGCGCUAAGGGGGAGGAUCCGCAGGUGACUGUUGGCCCCUGUGGGCCCUGGAAACAGCGGCCCGUGGUCUCAGACCGCGCCAUCGUCCGUGGGGUCCUGCACAUGCUGGAUGCCCUCCUGGUCCACAUCGAGGGCCACCUGCAGCGUCUGGCCACCCAGAAGCAAAUCCAAAUAAAGGAGACUCCCACCCAGCUCGGGUGA